CAGGGACAGAGCACCCAGACCGAGUGGGAGAUAGGCAGAAGCUUGGAGGGAAAGAUUAUCUGCAGUGACCCAAAGUCCAGAGGCAGAACCACUGGGCUCCAUUUACCUCCUCAAGAGCCUGUGACCUUAAGGUUGAGCUCAAGGACACAUCCAAGCAAGUCACCAGAGUUUUCCCUUUGCUCUGCCUGCUGACCUCUGCUCUCUCCUCAUUAUUCCCAAAAAAUGGAACUUUCCACGCGAGAAAUUUGCCUCAACUUCAUGGUUGUCCUGGUUACUGUAAUCCUCAUGUGGCUCCUUGUGAAGUCUUAUCAGGAUUGAAAGACUCUCAGAAACCCUGGAGGUGAUUUCACUGUGUGCAUCACACACAUCAGUGGCACCCACAGCAUGCCACAGCAAUUAGCUUUCAGUCAAUUAAGGAUGUUGUGAACCUUUAUUUUUUCACUCUCUCCUAUCU